AUAUCUGCCCCUCAUGUACGUUGUAGUUUACUUUUUGGCGCCAUAAAUAUAUGAAAAAGAUAAUUAUAAAUGUCCGAAAUGGAGUCUAAUGUGAAGAAAUACAUCAUUAGUGUUCUCACCUCGUCACCACUUACUAUGACGAUAAAUCAGCUGAGUAAGGACUACAGAAAUAUGCUCGGGGAGGAAAUACCAUACCACAAAUUAGGAUACAAUUCCAUGGAACAUUUCUUGAAAUCCAUCUCUGAUACAGUACAGGUUAAAGGCAGUGGGCCCAUGGCAACAGUACUCCCUGUCAUUUCUGAAAAGUCCAAGCAUAUAAAUGAACUUGUUACAAAUCAAAAGAUAACUAGGAAAAAGACUUCACACAGGCAAUCCUUCCCCAUUCAACAGAGGAAACAUCUCCAAUAUCAAAAACCAGUAAUCACAAAUCCUUACAAACAACCUGGUACACAACCUCAACGCCACAAGAUUUUUUAUCCACCAAGCGAGAGCAGUUCCUCAUAUCAAAGCUAUCCUGAGAAACCAGUCCAAAAACCAGUUGAUGAACCAGUCGAGAGACCCAAUCAGCAACCAGUUCUGAAUACAAGUACACCUGAAAAUCGUGAACGAAAUCCCUCUAAGUUGAAUUUAGCGACAAAUAAAUUGCCCGAGAAGAGCCCAGAUAUUUACAAGAGGAUUGUUGAUAGUCAUAUGCCAAAAUCUAGCUCAAGUGUUGAAGAAAAGAGUGAUUCGCAAAAUUCCGCUGGCUGUGGCAGAACUAAAAAACUUUUAUUCGAUAGAAUACCGGCUGAGGUAGGCGAUAUUCAAAGCAAUGUCCCUCUACCAAUAAGAGAAAAUCUAAGGUUUUUGAUAGGACAACAUGAAAAUGGGAUAUGGUGUGCAGAUCUUCCCAAACUCUAUAGGUCAAUGUUUUGCAAGGAUAUAAACUAUGAAGAUUUUGGUUAUGCAAGCUUGAGCCAACUUUGCAUAUCGUUACCCUCAAUAUUCCUCUAUUGUCGUCCUUCUGAUUCUGAUUUCAGAUUGUAUGAUAGAAACAAACCCUUGCCACCAAGUGCAGAGACAAAAUUCACUGUUGCCAGUUAUACAGUUGGAAGUAAAAAUCUAAAUGAAGGUGAAAUCUGUGCUUUGCCAAAUAUUGAGUGGGACGAUGUGGAGAGCUUUCUGCCAGAAAGCGUAUAUAAACCUGGUAACGAAAUACCUAGAGAGUUUGUACCACCUGAAACAAAGGAGGGCGAUACAAUCAAGAUUGGAGUUGGUGAAGUGUUUGAUUUGUCCAAGUUUUGGGUAUAUUUAGAUGAUGGAAAUUUGGACAAUCUCAUGGAUGAAUUGCAGGAUUUCUAUGCAACAAAUGCCUCACGAUACUCGAUGAAUGAAAGUUUGAUAAGAGAAGGGGUCUACUGUGCAAAAAUUAUUUAUGGAGAGUAUCAUAGGGCAGUCAUUGUUGAUGUUUUACCCGAGGUCAAAGAUAGUAUAAAGGUGUUCUUCAUUGAUUACGGUACGAUGACCAAAGUACCAAUCAAGGACAUCUGUUUCUUACACGAGAGGUUCGCUGAGCUGCCAGCGCAAGCGAUCCGGUGUCGCUUGGCCGACAUUUGCCCGACACAAGAAUGCGUGCCUUGGAGUCAUGACGCCACUGUAACGUUCAGAAACAUGACCAGGGAUCGAACCAUCGAUGCUAAAGUGGCUAGGAUAAACAGGAAGGAACAAAUUCUGGAAUUGUACCUGAUCGACGUCACCAAUCCAUCCAAGCCAUUUUGCAUUAACACAAGAUUGGUAGAACUUGGACUAGCCACAUACCCCGAUCAGGGCAUCCAGAAAUCAAAUGUAGAUAGCGCGUUUAAGCCAUUAGUGAAAUACAUACAUCUAUUUCCCACAUUUUUGGAACUAGAACUGGGAUACGCCCCAUCUACGCAAGAAAUGGACAUUUUGUUUAACUGUGGCGUGCCCACACAUUUUUGUUACCCGCAAUAUUAUUCCAUCGACCGUACGGAUGAAAAACAAAAUAUAAUGGAAACGAUAGAAUUUUACGAAAAGACGUUGAAACGAGGCGUAAAGAGCACUUAUAUCGAUAUGUGUUGUGGCGAAACGAAAGACUUGGACUUGGCUUUCUUCGGAGAACUUCAGGGUGAAAUAGCAGACUUUAUCAAAAACAGUGAUAUGAAUAGUGAGGUUACAGAAGAUGAGGGUUCGGAAGAUAUUUCGAAAAUGUACAAGGAGCUGGAGGACUUGAAGAGAGAAACUGCAGAAAAAGUACAGCAAGAUCUGGCACUUGCUGAGGAUAUCAUGAGGGAGUUAGAUAUUAUAAAAUGUGAGGCAGAAGAGGAUGGCGCUGGACCGUUGGUUUGUGAAUCUGAGGAGAUUGAGGAAGAGAGUUCUGAAUCGACAGUGAAUAGUGCAGAAUUAACAGGCAGUCGUCCCGAGGACCAAGAAGUUUCCGAAAAAACGAAAUUCACGGAUUCGGAGGUAGUUAGUUUACCUGGCGUAGAAGAGGACAUACGAAAUGUUGAUGAAGUGCAUAGUAUUACUGGUAGUAAGAGCACAAAUCCGUUUUUAUCUGGUAUGCAUGAAGAAUCUGAAGAAGACAGUGGGCCGUCGGUGCUGAAUCCGAAUAACCCGUUCUUGUCGUACAUAGUAGGUAAGUUUCUCUUGUUUGUUAUUUUAAAUUCUACAGAGAAAUCCCUAUAUCACGAACGUUAAGGCGGUCCCAGACACUACGAGCUACGCCGAACAUUCCGUAUUCGCCUAACUUCGUGGACCGUGUGGGAGAGUUGCUUCGCUUCGCCUUCGCAGUUCGUGGUAGUACGAACUUUUUCUCGCUGAUUGGCGGUAAAAGCUGCUCCUUCGUUACAUUUAGUCUGAUCAGUGCAGUAUCAAUUUGUGUUUGAGCGAGUAGUAAUGGAGUGGAACAAAGAUCUAGUGAAUUAAUUUUUGGAAAAUUUUUGAUACACUGUUUAUCCUCGUCGUACC